UUCCCCCUCUCCCUGCCCAACCAUAGCCCACUGCACAGCUUCACGCCCACCCUCCAGCCCCCCGCACACUCCCAUCACCCCAAUAUGUUUGCCCCUCCCACUGCUCUGCCUCCUCCACCACCACUGACAUCAGGGAGUCUGCAGGUCCCCGGACACCCGGCGGGGAGCACUUACUCAGAGCAAGACAUCCUGCGGCAGGAACUGAACACGCGCUUCUUGGCCUCGCAGAGCGCUGACCGCGGGGCCUCCCUGGGCCCGCCGCCCUACCUGCGCACCGAGUUCCACCAGCACCAGCACCAGCACCAGCACACGCACCAGCACACGCACCAGCACACCUUCACGCCGUUCCCCCACGCCAUCCCGCCCACCGCCAUCAUGCCGACGCCAGCACCUCCCAUGGUGCGUACCCCAGGCAGAAAUUUUGACAAAUACCCUACAAAAGUUGACCCAUUCUACCGGCACAGUCUCUUCCAUUCCUACCCUCCUGCGGUGUCGGGCAUCCCCCCUAUGAUUCCACCCACUGGCCCUUUCGGUUCACUUCAAGGAGCAUUUCAGCCGAAGACAUCCAACCCUAUCGAUGUUGCUGCUCGACCUGGGACAGUCCCGCACACUCUACUUCAGAAGGACCCGAGGUUGACAGAUCCUUUCAGACCUAUGUUAAGGAAACCAGGGAAGUGGUGUGCGAUGCACGUGCACAUCGCCUGGCAGAUCUACCACCACCAACAGAAAGUCAAGAAACAAAUGCAGUCAGACCCACAUAAACUGGACUUCGGACUGAAACCCGAGUUCCUGAGCCGUCCUCCAGGCCCCAGUCUCUUCGGAGCCAUCCACCACCCCCACGACCUGGCACGGCCUUCGACCUUGUUCUCUGCCGCAGGUGCUGCACACCCCACGGGGACCCCUUUUGGGCCACCUCCUCAUCACAGCAACUUCCUCAACCCUGCUGCUCACCUAGAGCCUUUCAACCGGCCGUCCACGUUCACCGGCCUGGCAGCAGUUGGUGGCAAUGCCUUCGGGGGACUUGGAAACCCUUCAGUUACACCCAACUCAAUGUUCGGCCACAAGGAUGGCCCCAGUGUGCAGAACUUUAGCAACCCUCACGAGCCCUGGAACCGGCUGCACCGAACGCCUCCGUCGUUCCCGACCCCUCCGCCCUGGCUGAAGCCAGGGGAGCUGGAGCGUGGCGCGUCCGCUGCAGCUCAUGACAGAGAUAGAGAUGUAGAUAAACGAGACUCAUCUGUUAGUAAAGAUGACAAAGAAAGGGAAAGUGUGGAGAAGAGACACUCCAGCCACCCUUCACCAGCACCUGUCCUCCCGGUGAGCACCCUGGGACACACCCGCGGCUCCGCUGAACAGAUCAGGGGUCAUUUGAACACUGAGGCUCGCGAGAAAGACAAAUCCAAAGAGAGGGAGAGGGACCACUCGGAGUCCCGCAAGGACCUGACCGCGGAGGAGCACAAGGCGAAGGAGGGCCACCUGCCCGAGAAGGACGGCCACGGCCACGAGGGGCGAGCCCUGGGCGAAGAGGCCAAGCAGCUGGCCCGGGUGCCGUCGCCCUACGCGCGGACCCCUGCCGUGGAGGGCGCCAGGCCCAACAGCACCUCGAGCCGCGAGGCUGAGCAGCGCAAGAGCGAGCCGGCCUACGAGAACCCCAAGAAGAGCUCAGAGGUCAAGGUGAAGGAGGAGCGCAAGGAAGACCACGACCUCCCCGCGGAGGCCGCGCAGACCCACCGGUCCUCGGAGCCCCCGCCUCCCCACUCCUCGUCCAGCGUGCACCCGGGGCCCCUGGCCUCCAUGCCCAUGGCAGUGGGGGUGACGGGCAUUCACCCCAUGAACAGCAUCGGCAGCCUGGACAGGACUCGCAUGAUGACGCCCUUCAUGGGCAUCAGCCCCAUCCCGGGCGGAGAGCGGUUCCCGUACCCUUCUUUCCACUGGGACCCCAUUCGGGACCCUCUGAGGGAUCCCUACCGAGAACUUGACAUUCACCGGAGAGACCCGCUGGGCAGAGACUUCCUGCUGAGGAACGACCCCCUCCACCGUCUCUCGACCCCCCGGCUGUACGAAGCUGACCGCUCCUUCAGAGACAGGGAGCCCCACGAUUACAACCACCAUCACCACCACCACCACCACCCGCUGUCGGUGGACCCGCGGCGGGAGCACGAGCGGGGCGCGCACCUGGACGAGCGGGAGCGCCUGCACAUGCUCCGGGAGGACUACGAGCACUCGCGGCUGCACCCCGUGCACCCCGCCUCGCUGGACGGACACCUGCCGCACCCCAGCCUCCUCACGCCGGGGCUCCCCAGCAUGCACUACCCCCGAAUCAGCCCCACCGCGGGGCACCAGAACGGACUCCUCAACAAGACCCCUCCCACCGCCGCGCUGAGCGCGCCGCCCCCACUCAUCUCCACGCUGGGGGGCCGCCCAGUGUCCCCCAGAAGGACUACUCCUCUGUCGGCAGAGAUGAGGGAGAGGCCGCCUUCCCACACUCUGAAGGAUAUCGAAGCGCGAUAAGGAGAGAACGGGCCACGGGAGAGGAGGCUCACCAACAGCGCCAGACUCGGAGCGGAGGGAGCCAGCGGGCGCCCGCGUCCCUGACGGACUGGGGGGGCAGGAGCCCCAGCUCUCCCUGUAAACAAUGUAUAGACUCAGUGCAGAUUUUGAAAUGUUUUUGUAUAUUAUAUGUUGAAAUUUUUCAGAUAUUUUAGCCAAGUCAUAUGUUCUCAUGUGUCCAACCCUUUUGGUUUCUCGUAUAAAACUUUUUGAUUUGAACCAAAACAGUGAAGAUGACAACACACACGGAUGUGUUCAUUGGGGAGAAAACAGACAGACCGCAGUCCGCACGAUCCACCGUGCAAGCUCUUUCAGAUGAGAAGGGAAGGCCUUGUACAUAGUUGUGUAAAAAAAAGAUUGCUUCGUGAGCUAAGGGUUCAUAUAUGCAAAAGGGUAAGAUGAAAGCUUUACUUUGUACAAAUGUAAAUAGGUAAAGAUUAAGUAACAUAAUACAUUAAUACUUCUUAAAAUGUGCUCUUUGCAAACUUAAUCUCAGUGAACACGGUCUGCGAGGCUGUGUUCCCCUGUAUUGUUAGAGACAGCUAAACCCUUCAACUAUGCAAUGAAUGUUCAGGCUUUUCACAAAAGCCCGCCCAACUCAAAGGAGCCUUUUCAGACCCAUUUACAACAUACUUAAGGUCAUAUUUUCCCUGAACAAGCGCUUAUGUGAUAGGACUCUGUUUUCCUUGCUUAUUUUUUCAAAUGGAGAAACAUCCUCUUUUGCAAAUUGGACCCCAGGCUGAAAUUUUGGCUCUAAAGUUCCUGCUUGUGGGCUGCUGGGGCAGAGGGUGGCCCCAGAGAGGUCAGAGGCCGUGAGCAGCCAGUGCGGGGAGGCCAGGCGUGGUCAGAUGCCAAAAUCAGGGGACACAAACAGGUUGCCAGCAUCUCGUCACCAUCAGUCAUGUGAUUUCACACAUACCUCAUGUGGGAACCAUGCGUUUUUUUAGUGUGUCCUAUUUCCUACCCGUACACACUUCCUCGUUUUGUAAUGAGAUUCAGUCACACCCAAACAGAUCCUGAAAGAAAGCUUUGAGUUUUCUCAGAUGAUGGAUAUGUUUUCACUAUUCAAUAACCAACAGAUCAAAGGGGCACAUUUCCUAACGUGACUCCCUGUAUUCCAGUCGGUGAUAAAGUCUGGGAGCGGCCCUGCGGAGCCACAGAGCGGUACCAAGGGUGGAAGGUGGCUGAGGCAAAGUCUUGUGUGUGCGUGUGUUUUUAAGUUUGCAUCAAUCUUAAUGUCUCUUCAUAAUACUUUUAUAAUACAUUAAGCCUCUUGUCUACAUAUUUGGAGAGAAUAUGACUUUACUAGCAGAGAAAUACAAUAUAUCUUGUCUACUGGACUGUAAAAUAUAUGUACGAAAUAAAAUUAGUUCCAUUGGUCUUCUAGUAUAUUAAAGUGCUAUCUGACGUUGUUAUCCUGUUUUUGGAGAAAAAAAAGUUAACUACAGACCAUUGUUUCUAAUAAGCAGAGAGAUCUAUUUUAGUAGUAAACUGAAGGUUUAGUUGUGAGCUUCAGAAUUUUGUGAACUCCAGAUGUUGUGCAGUGGUUUUUCUUUUUGGCUUUUUUUUUUUUUUUUUUAAGACAACAACUAAAAAGGAAAAAGAAUCCAAGGAAUAUGUACACUGGAACUGUAGUGGUAGCUUCAGUAUUGUAAAGAGAUUGUUCUAUACGGACCUUUUGCUGUUUCUCCUGUAUGUAAUAAAGUCCUUUCUAGACCCUAUGUGAACAGAAAAGUGAAGCGACUGACUUCAGCAUGUUCUCAGCGGCGGAGCCUUCUUGUGUAAUGUAAACUGUGCCAUGUUAUUAAAAAAUGUGAACGAA